GCACUGCUGCUGUCACAACAACGCUUCGCCAUUUCAGGUUGAGGGGGGCCGAGCAGAACUCCCGCGAAGGAAUUAGGUCAACUCGAGCGGAGGGUUAUUUUUCUCACUUUAUAAAACCUUUCUGACCAAUUCUCCAUCGUCGAACGGUUCAGUUAUCGGGUUCCGAUGCGUGUUAUCUGGCUGGUGCGAAGGAGCUUUUCCAGCCCGGGCUGAAGUGUCAAGUCAGUGGUCGGAUUUUCCUGCUAACGGCUAGUCGGCUAGCUGUGUGUAAACAACAAGAUGAAGCGCAUGAAAGAGGGAGAAGAGGACAGCGACAGUUCCCCCAGUAAGAGCCCGCCAGAGGCUUGCAAGAAGGUGCGCAAGAUGAGCAAGGAGUUGGAAGCGGUGGCGGCCAGCGAGUCGCCAGACUGUAACUGGGCACGGCUGCCUCAGGAGCUCCUGCUGCACAUCUUCCAGUACCUUCCGCUGCUGGACCGGGCUUAUGCCUCUCAGGUGUGCCGCGGGUGGAACCAGGCUUUCCACAUGCCAGAGCUGUGGAGAUGCUUCGAGUUCGAGCUGAAUCAGCCGGCCAGCUCUUACCUGAAAGCCACACAUCCGGACCUGAUCAAGCAGAUCAUAAAGAGGCACUCCAACCACCUGCAGUACGUCAGCUUCAAGGUGGACAGUAGUAUGGAGUCUGCAGAAGCAGCGUGUGACAUCCUGUCACAGCUGGUGAACUGCUCACUGAAGACCUUGGGGCUCAUUUCUACAGCCAGGCCCAGCUUCAUGGAGGUUCCAAAGUCUCAUUUUAUCUCGGCUCUGACCGUCGUGUUCGUCAACUCCAAGUCGUUGUCAUCGCUGAAGAUCGACGACACGCCGGUGGACGAUCCGUCUCUGAAGGUGCUGGUGGCCAACAACAGCGACACCCUGAAGCUGCUGAAGAUGAGCAGCUGCCCUCACGUUUCCCCUGCAGGGAUCCUGUGUGUGGCGGAUCAGUGUCACGGUCUGAGAGAGCUGGCGCUGAACUACCACCUCCUGAGUGAUGAGCUGCUGCUGUCCCUCUCCUCAGAAAAACACGUCCACCUGGAACACUUGCGCAUCGACGUGGUGAGCGAGAACCCCGGGCAGCACUUCCACACCAUCAAGAAGAGCAGCUGGGACGCCAUGGUGCGGCACUCGCCCAAAUUCAACCUGGUCAUGUACUUCUUUCUCUACGAGGACGAGUUCGGCCCCUUCUUUAACGACGAGAUCCCCGUCACGCACCUCUACUUCGGCCGCUCGGUCAGCAAAGAGGUGCUGGGCCGCGUCGGCCUCCACUGCCCCCGUCUGGUGGAGCUGGUCGUGUGCGCCAACGGCCUGCGUCCUCUGGAUGAGGAGCUGAUCCGCAUCGCCAAGCACUGCACCCAGCUGUCCGCCAUCGGCCUGGGCGAGUGCGAGGUGUCCUGCAGCGCGUUCGUGGAGUUUGUUAAAAUGUGCGGCAGGAGGCUCUCACAGCUGUCCAUCAUGGAGGAGGUGCUGAUCCCAGAUCACAAGUACUCCCUGGAUGAGAUCCACUGGGAGGUGUCGAAGCACCUCGGCCGGGUCUGGUUCCCGGACAUGAUGCCCACCUGGUAGAGCGACGCCUGCGAGUUCAGCGCGCGGAACUUUGACGGCCUCCGUGUUCGCUUUGAGAAGCCUUUAAAUGCUCUGCUCUAGUGGAACGUUUGGCGCCAACAUGGGGAGGAUGAACUUGCUGAACUCCUGCGUUGGAGCGCGUCACAUGGACUUAAAACGACAUCCAAAUGCUGCGGCGUUACCAUGCCGUGCAAACACUACAAAAAUCUCUGCCAGUUGGCGUCAACAUGGACUGUGGAAAACUGCUCGGCAAGCCGGCUUCGUCCCACGUUAGAACAGACGCAGGUGGAGAUAUUUGACUAAAAAAAGCUGCAAAUUGAGUUAUAUGGACGUUGUGGCUUGCUUCUGAUAAUCUGUAUUCUGGGAGAUCAGCGUGUGUGUUUUAACCUUCAACAUUGUGGAGUAAAUUGGGACAAUAAGAUGCACAAUUGCAUGUUGUUACACUACCACUCGGCCUCCUUAAAUCCGGUUUAAGGCAGCAGUUCUGCACUCUGUAACACAAUAAUACGGCGUCAGGCUUCCCGAUGGUUGCGGUGUUAUUUGUGUAUAGGAUGUGACAGAAGGAGUUUGGUCAGGUGUGGCUGAGGGAAGGAUUCGCUUGAUUUUUGCCCUCAUUUCAAACAAAUUUAAACACACGAGCAGCAGGGAUGUUGAAGACGUGCUGCUUUUUCUCUUCGCCUGACGGUGAUUGUUGGAAACGUUUGAAAGUGGACGGAGAGAGACAGAAAUGUGUACAUAGGUCUCUGUAAUCGUGACGUGAAGGUGUACAGUGUUGAUUGAUGUCACUGAUUAUUUUCUCCGCGUCGUGCAGAUUAUUUCGUUUCCUGAAUCACACAUAAAGUAGCCUGACAAAUUAUUUUCAGCUGUUUUUAAAAGAAGGUUUUUGUACAGUCAUAGAUUUACUAAGCACCUUACGUGAAUACCAAAUGAUAGUCAGGACAGACUAAAUCCUUUUACCCAAAAAAACCAACAAAAAAGCAGAUUUUCUAAUAAAGUUUAUUUACACUGAACCGAGGCUCUGCAUCGUCAGACUCCGAGGACGGUGUGCUGAAGUAAUAAAGCUCUAAUUACUGAGAAAGACAAAAAAAAAACUUGUGUAAAUAUAUGUAGUGUGCAGAAAUGGCUGAAUUUGGAGGAAUGAGUCUCCGCUUUCCACGCUCGGAUAGCUUUUAAUCACCAGACAGACGUGUCUCUGCAGCUCUCAGCUUUUGGUGCACACUGUGUUCCUCAGGUGCAUUUAAAAAAUUCUGUUUCUUAUACAAGUUUCAUUUUUAUCUUCUGCCAUUUGCCUGUUGAAGCUCUAAACCCUGGCUCUGUUCUGAAUAUUCGCUCACGUUAGAACCCUUCUGCUCUGCAUCGUGUCGUUCAAACAGGAGAGGGAGCUGCAUUCAUCCUGUCAGAAUUCCUGUAGGGCUGGACCCGAAAAUUCGUUCGCUACGGCGGUAUCCGGAUAUUAAUUUUGGUAUCCGAAUACUCGCUGAAGACAAAACGAAGGCAAAAUUCGGACCCGGAAGGCCAGACGAACGGAUCCGAAUAUUUGGGCCGUCUCCGCCACACCCCCUCCCCCGCCCGCCUGUCCGACGUUAGGGGGCGGAACGAAUAUUCGGAUAUUCGGAGGCCAGAAACCACUAUUGGGGUCAGCCCUAAAGUCCUGUCCCGACCUCUCAUUCAUUCAUUCAUUUCCGUGGAAAGAGAUUUGGCAAGUCAGAUGAGUGAAACAGACUUUUUUUUCCUUUAAGAAGGAAGACGAAUGCAUUUGUAUAUAAAACGCUGUGUGUUUGAUUAUUCUGAAUAGAAAUGUACUUAUUUCUUUAUUUCACCCUCUGUCAGGGUUUGAAGUUUCCUUAACCGACGGCUCGUGUCUUUUCUAAAAACCAGAGUGCGAGUUUUCCUUUUAUUAGGUGGAUCUUUUUCAUACCGUAGUCGCUAGAGAAGUUAAGCCGUGUAAUUUAUUGGUAUGGAUACUGCUUUUAUAAUUUGUUUAAAGAAGCAACCAGCAAGCAGACCAGCAGCAAGACUUUUUUUUGUUUGCAUACAAAAGUCCAGAAGUUUGAAUCCACUACCACAAACUUGGGGAUUGUAGCUCGUCACAGCUUUUGUUGUAGGAUUACAUUAAUUUUGUUGUUAAAAUGCAUGAAAGUUGAUUUAUUUUUGGCACUAAAAACACUGAGGUUGUGACUUUUGAAUCCUGCUGUUUAUACUACAGAGAAUAACACAGAAAAAGCAGGGGUGGGGUAUCACAAAUAUCGAGCAAUAACUUGUAAAAUCACAAACGUUUUGACUGUCUGUAUAUGCAGCUAUUUAGAUGAGAAGUUAGUGGGAGUGGGCAAACUUUCAGACAACACUAUACACCCCCUGUCAAAAGUUUUGAGACACUUUCUCAUUCAAAUAAAUUAGAACCUGUCUCAAAACUUUUGACAGGGGGUGUAUGUCAUUAGGAUGUGUUAAAACUGAUUUCAAUCUCUUUUUUUCCCCUUUUUCUGGCAGACUUCAUUCCUUUUAUCCAAGCCGUGUUUCAUUUAGACAAAAACUGAGAAACUUUUUGCAGCACGGCCAAAUGCUUCUUAGUAUGUAUUGGACUGAACUAACAUCGUCUCUUAUCACUGAAGUAGAAGCCUGUGCUGAUCGUCUGCGUACGUUAGCGUCGCAGCGGUGCAGCAACAUAUCUGCAGGUUAAUUUUACAGGAUUUGUGCGGUGGCUUUGAAGUGAAGCCUCACUGAGAAUGUCGGUUUUAAUCACUCGUUUGUUGUUUUUAUUGGAAAAUUCAGCCGGAUCAGUGAAACACGGCUCAUAAUUAGUGCAGAUCGAGAGGGGAAAAUUAUUUAUCUUUCAUCAUAAAUGCGCCGCUUGUCGGUAAUUGUUAUUUAGAUCGUUUGUUUAGAGAGAACUCCAGUGAGUUCAUUAUUAGGAGUAAAACUGGUGUCCUUUCAGCUUUGCUUCGUCUACUUUGCUUUACUGGUCACCUGUCAUGAAAUUAAAUUUAUUGUUUUGGACAUGUGAUCUUAUACCGUAAUAAAAAUUGUGAAUGUA